AUGAAAUCAACAACGAGUUUACCGCAGUACGUCCCGCCAAAGCCAGAAUUCUCGAAUUCCUUCCACAGCGGCGCUCAAUACUCCCACAAUUCCCAUCACAACUACAGAGAUCAGUCGUAUCACACUCAUCAGAAUGGCCACAAUAAACAACUACCUCCAAUAAGCAAAAUGUACGAAGCACGAGGCGACUCGCGACGCAUUCCAACCAGAGCCAAUUCCAACUCCCAGGUGCAUUCAUCAGCUUCUCACAUGAAUCGUGCUGCAGCCAACCCAUCAUCUCAGUCGUCGAAGGAAGGGCAGGCGAUGACGCCCGACCAAGCGCUGAAGAACUUUAUGCACAAGCUGACGAACUUCGAGCACCACGAAAUCUACAACUACCCAAAUGUCUACUUCGUCGGCCAGGGAGCGCGCAAGAAGACGCCCUCCAGCCACAGUAACGCGAAUAACAACGAUGGAUAUGACGACGAACAAGGCAGCUAUAUGCUCGUCGCACAUGAUCAUAUUGCGUAUAGAUACGAAAUCAUCAAAGUUAUUGGAAAGGGUUCGUUCGGCCAAGUAAUAAAAGCCUUCGACCACAAGACGCAAAGUCACGUGGCCCUGAAAAUCGUGCGCAACGAAAAACGCUUCCAUCGCCAGGCGCAGGAAGAAAUCACCAUCCUCGAGGCUCUCCGAAGACAGGAUCGCGAUAAUAACAUGAACCUCGUGCAUAUGCUCGAGAGCUUCUGCUUCCGAAACCACGUGUGCAUGACCUUCGAGCUGCUUUCCAUGAACCUCUACGAACUCAUUAAAAAGAAUCGAUUUCAGGGCUUUAGCUUACAACUGGUGCGUAAAUUCGCUCACUCGAUUCUCCAAUGCCUCGAAGUUCUCUCAAGAAACAAAAUUAUUCAUUGCGAUCUCAAGCCGGAAAAUAUCUUGCUCAAGCAGCAAGGCAGAUCAGGAUUGAAGGUUAUCGAUUUUGGCUCGUCGUGCUAUGAGAAGAAAAAGAUCUACACCUAUAUUCAGUCUCGUUUUUACAGGGCGCCAGAAGUGAUUCUCGGCGCUGAGUAUUCAACCGCCAUCGACAUGUGGAGCUUCGGCUGCAUUCUGGCUGAAUUGCUAACUGGCUACCCGUUGCUGCCCGGAGAUGAUGAAGGAGAUCAGCUGGCGUGCAUGAUUGAACUCUUGGGAAUGCCGCCAAAGCGAAUGAUCGAAACCGCGAAAAGAGCGAAAAACUUCAUCUCUUCCCGUGGCCACCCGCGUUACUGUACUCAGACGACGAUGCCCGAUGGAACAGUAGUUCUCAACGGAGGUCGAAGCAAGCGAGGAAAGCAACGAGGACCGCCAGGAUCGAAGGAUUGGGCCACAGCGCUCAAAGGAUGCGAUGACUCCCUCUUCAUCGACUUUUUGAGAAGGUGUCUGGCAUGGGAUCCGCAGGAGAGAAUGACGCCUGGACAGGCGUUGCGCCAUACUUGGCUCCGUCGACGACUUCCUCGAACAGACGCGAGCAGUUCCCGACACGCCACUCCGGCGCGCACCUCGAACAGCGCCGCAACGACGAAUUCCUCCUCGACGCGCUCGCCGCGGGCGGCGGCAACCAACUCGCGCACGAUUCUACCGCGACUAAUCGGCUAA